AAAUUACGGCUUACAAAAUAUGGAAUGGAAUCGACGAGUUGCACUUGAAAAAGAACUGGAUCGUGAUGAAAAUACUUUCCAACAUUUAUCGAUUUGUUUUGAUGAAACCAGUAAUUUUCUUAUCUAUCCCACACCGAUUGGUAUCAAAGUUUACAAUUUAUAUACUGAUGAAAUAGUUCGUGAAAUUGGUAAAAAUGAGAAUAUGCGAUUUUUGGGUGUCUCACUUUGUCGUGCUGUACCAGAUUUCAAGGAACAGUUACAGGGAGCAGCAGCAACAAUUGAUGCAAUGGCUGCUGCAAAUCCAAAUCUGACGAAAACCGAACCUGAUCCUAUGUUGGUUGCUUUUGCGUACCGGAAAAGUAGAUUCUAUUUGUUUACCAAUACAGAGCCUUUUUCAACGGAUGAAAAUGAUGUAGAUGGUAGUGGUAUGGGACGAGAUGUCUUCAAUGAAAAGCCUAGGAAGGAGGAUGUUAUAACAGCUGUAGAGAGUGAUACAACUGAUAAUAAAAUGACGGAACAUGCAGUAAUACAUACGUCAUUCGGUGACAUACAUAUAAAAUUAUUUCCCAAUGAAUGUCCGAAAACUGUUGAAAAUUUUUGCACACACGCGAGGAGGGGUUACUACAAUGGUCAUACAUUCCAUCGCGUAAUUAAAAGUUUCAUGAUUCAGGCUGGUGAUCCCACUGGUAAAGGAACUGGUGGUCAGUCGAUUUGGGGUGAAGAUUUUGAAGACGAAUUUCAUCCUAAACUUAGACAUGAUAAACCUUAUAUGGUUUCAAUGGCAAAUGCUGGCCCAAAUACCAAUGGGUCUCAGUUUUUCAUCACAGUUAUUCCUGCUGAUUGGUUGGAUGGUAAGAAUACUCUUUUCGGACAGGUUACGGAAGGUUUCAAUGUGGUGCAAAAAAUUAAUCAGGUGCCGACUUUUGAGAAAAGUGGCAGGCCGAAACAAGAAAUAAACAUUAUUUCUAUUACGUUGAAGUAA